AUAUUCAUUUCUUGUUUUACACAAGUGUCCAAUUUUUCUUGCUUCGAUGUUGUCUUUCCACAAACAAGACUCUUCAAUGGUCAAUUAAAACCCAAGUGCCAUUACAGAUAGUUAUUAUAAUAUUAUUACAGGAGUAGUAUUAUCAUAAACUAAGAGCAACAGUAGUAACAUAAUUUUAUAUUUGGGUGUGUAAUAAAUUUCAACAAGACUCCAAAAAGUUGCAGAAAUCAGGUCUGUGAGAAAACUCCAAGCUGAGAAUGGUCAAAUCCUCUCCUAGAUCAUAAACUUCAAAAGGGUCAGUUUGUUUUUCAAGUUUCUUCUUCUCUUUCUUGUUCUUGUGUGAUUUUACCUUUAAAGAUCUUACCUUUAGUGGGUAUUUCUGUGUUUAUCAAUCUUUUGUUUAGAAAUCUGCUUCUAUUCAGCUUGGUUUCCAUAUCCUUAUGUCAGAUGGUGUGCUAGUUUUGUAAUUUGGUCAUUCAAUACUCCUUGUUCACUAUUGGGUGUUUUACUGGAACACCCUCCAAAUAUCUUGGGGUUGUGUGACAUAAACCUAAUUUUUUUAUUUCUUAUUUUGUUGGACUUUUUUCUGAGAUAGAAUUUGGUUCUUUAUUGCUUGAUUAGUGAUUUUGUCUUGGGGAAGUUCAAUAUUUUUUGGUUAAUUUGGGACUUUGGGUCAUGUUUAAGAAUCUAUUCUAGGGUUUGAAAUUUGUGGUGAGGUUCUUUGGUUCUUGGCUUGGGUGUGAUUUAAACCUAUUUGUGGUUUUGGGUGAAAUUUUAAGAUAUGGAGGAGAAUAGAUCUGUAGUUCCAUCUCUAGAAGGAGAUGAGAAUUUAAUUGCUGCGGCGCAACAUAUUGUGAAGGCCUUGGAGACGAAUAAGAACUUGACGAAUGAUGCUAGGAAGCUCUUGGUGGAGCUUGGAACCCAAUUGUCUACCAUCUCAAGAGCUCCGGAAGACAAAGAAGAAGAAUUAAGUGAUAUAGAGAAGCGGCUUAAUUUAGUUCAUGACAAAGUUAUGAGUUGGGAGGUAGAUGGAGAACAGCUGAUGAUAUGGGAUUGUGGGCCUGAUGAAACUAAUGAUUAUGUGAAGGCUGUGGAUGAAGCCCGUAGAUUGGCUGAAAGUUUGGAUAGUUUGAGUUUGAACAAAGAUAGUGAAGAGGAUGCACUUGCAAGGAAGGCUCAUGAUGUUCUUCAGACGGCUAUGACUAGACUUGAGGAGGAACUUAAGCACAUACUUGUUCAGAAUAGGCAGCCUUUUGAGCCUGAGCACAUGUCAUUUCGUUCAAGCGAAGAAGAUACUUUGGAUGAUGGCUCAAUUAUCUCAUUUGAAGAUGAUUCUGUUGAUGAUGGGCUUCAGAGAGACAGUGUUAGUAGAGGUGCAGAAGAAUACACUAUUGACUUGAUCCAUCGUGAUGUUAUUCCUGAUCUUAAAUGCAUUGUAAAUUUAAUGUUUGAUGCAAAAUAUGGUCGGGAGUGCUCACAGGCAUUUAUAAGUGUCCGGAAAGAUGCUUUGGAUGACUGCCUCUUCAUUCUUGAAGUAGAGAGAUCGAGCAUUGAUGAUGUCUUGAGGAUGGAAUGGGGCACUUUGAACUCCAAAAUUAGGAGAUGGAUUCGAGCUAUAAAGAUAUUUGUGAGGGUCUACCUUGCUAGUGAAAAAUGGUUAGUGGAUCAGGUGUUUGGGGAACUUGAAUCAGUUAGCGCGCUAUGUUUUGCAGAGUCAUCGAAAGCCUCUAUGUUGCAGCUUCUUAAUUUUGCUGAAGCUAUUGCUGUAGGUCCUCACCAACCAGAAAAGUUGCAUAGGAUUCUUGACAUGUAUGAAGUCCUAGCAGACCUUAUUCCAGACAUUGAUACUUUAUACAGUGAUGAAACUGGAUCAAAUAUUAAAAGUGAGUGCCAGGACGUUCUUAAGAGGUUGGGUGAUUGUGCAAAAGCCACUUUUCUUGAUUUCAAGAAUGCUGUGGCAUCAAAUGUGUCAACUAGCGCCUUUGCUGGUGGUGGAAUCCAUCACCUCACUAGAUAUGUGAUGAAUUACCUAAGGACGCUGACAGAUUAUAGCAAUUCCCUCAGUUCUCUCCUCAAGGACAAUGAUACAAACGACCCGGCGUCAUCUUCCCCAGACUCAAAUGCAGCCACUGAAGAGGAUAACGGCGUAAACUCCCCUCACUAUCUUUCUCCAAUUUCCAUACACUUCCGAUCGCUUACUUCAAUCUUGGAACACAAUCUCAUUGAAAAAUCCAAAUUAUACAAGGACAGUUCUCUUGGGUGCCUUUUCUUGAUGAACAAUAUACAUUACAUGUCUGAAAAGGCUAAGAAUUCCGAGCUAAGAACAAUCUUAGGGGAUGAUUGGAUACGUAAGCAUAACUGGAAGUUCCAACACCAUGCAAUGGAUUGUGAGCGAGCGACAUGGAGUUCUAUCCUCUCUUUACUCAGGGACGAGGGUCUCUAUAAUUCUGGUUCAAAUUCCAUUUCGAAAACUCUUCUGAAGGAAAGGCUGCAGAGCUUUUAUCUUGCAUUUGAAGAUGUUUACAAGAGUCAAACUGGAUGGACAAUCCCUGAUAUCCAGUUACGGGACGAUCUUCGAAUCUCAACAUCUCUCAAGGUGAUUCAGGCUUACCGAACUUUUGUAGGCAGACACACGAACCACAUAAGUGACAAGCACAUUAAGUACAGUGCCGAUGAUCUCGAAAAUCACCUCAUGGAUCUGUUUGAAGGUUCCCCGAGGUCACUACAACACAGUUUCCACAGGAAGUGAUCUCAAAGCAAAUUGAUGGAUUUAAUUUAUCUUGUAAUAUUUUUUUUUUGCAUUUUGCUUAAAAGUAUUUAUAGUACUGUAGAUCUGUAAGAUCUUUCUUCUGUAUAACUUAUGGUAAGUAGAAUUAUAAUAAGAUUUAUUUGGCUGGCAUUUACAGCAAAUCUUUGUAAUAUAUAAAUUUGUCACAAUUUUUUCAUCUUA